AUGAUAAUCGGAUACACUGUACCAGAAAUUAGUUUACAACAAAAUAGCAUGUCUGAGGAGAUUCUAACAAACGUCAAGUUGGUUGAUGUUAAAAAGGUUCUUGUUGUAGGCUCAGGUGGCCUCAGUAUCGGUCAGGCCGGUGAAUUUGAUUAUUCAGGAUCCCAAGCUAUCAAGGCUUUGCGUGAAUCAGGCAUCAAGACUAUUUUAGUAAACCCUAAUAUCGCUACUAUCCAAACAUCUCAUACACUUGCCGACCAGGUUUAUUUCUUGCCUGUCACUUGUGAAUAUGUGUCUCAAAUUUUGGAAAAAGAACGUCCUGACGGUAUUCUACUUACGUUUGGUGGUCAAACUGCUUUGAACUGCGGUAUUGCGCUUGACCAAUCUGGUAUUCUUAAACGAUUAAAUAUUAAGGUUUUGGGUACCCCUAUCCAAACCUUGAUCACUUCCGAAGAUCGUGAUCUGUUUGUAAAGGCUCUUAAUGAAAUCGAUAUUCCUGUAGCUCAGUCAACGGCUGUCGAUAGUGUAGAAGAGGCUUUGAAAGCAGCUGAGGAAAUUGGUUAUCCAGUCAUUGUCCGUUGCGCUUAUGCUCUUGGUGGUCUUGGCUCUGGCUUUGCGGAUAAUGAGGCUGAAUUGCGUUCUCUGGCGACCAAAUCGCUUUCUCUUGUUCCUCAGUUACUGGUUGAACGCUCAAUGAAGGGAUGGAAAGAAGUUGAAUACGAGGUCAUGCGUGACGCUGCCAACAACUGUAUCACUAUCUGUAACAUGGAGAAUUUUGAUCCUUUGGGUGUCCAUACCGGUGAAUCGAUCGUGGUGGCGCCUUCGCAAACGUUGAGCGAUGAGGAAUAUCAUAUGCUUCGUACCGCCGCUAUCAAGAUCAUUCGUCACUUGGGAGUCGUGGGUGAAUGUAAUGUGCAGUAUGCUCUCAAUCCUAAGAGUUUGGAAUACAAGGUGAUUGAGGUCAAUGCUCGCUUGAGUCGUUCGAGUGCUCUUGCGUCCAAGGCUACCGGCUAUCCUCUUGCCUUUAUUGCUGCCAAGAUUGCGUUGGGCCACACGCUUCCUAGUCUACAAAACGCUGUCACGAAGACGACGACCGCUUGCUUUGAACCCUCGUUAGACUAUGUCGUGACUAAAAUUCCUCGUUGGGAUCUUGCCAAGUUUCAAUAUGUGGACCGCCAUAUUGGCUCCGCUAUGAAAUCUGUGGGUGAGGUCAUGGCUGUCGGUCGUACGUUUGAAGAGAGUCUGCAAAAGGCCAUCCGCCAAGUAGAUCCGUCUUUCUCUGGUUUUGACGGCCUUCCCACGCCUUUUGAAGAUGUGGAGGAUGUUCUUCGUAGUCCUACGGAUCGUCGUUUGUUUGCUUUAGGUCAAGUCAUGCUGAACAAGGACCCAUCCAUCAGAGAACGGUAUACGAUUGACCGUCUCAAUGAACUGACCAAUAUCGACAAAUGGUUUUUGUUCAAGCUGCGCAACAUUGCUCGCAUUCACCUGAUGCUUGGUGAAAGAUCCGGAGCGCCUUUGACAGCAGCACUGCCUGCUCCCUUGUUGUUGGAUGCAAAGAAAGCCGGGUUCUCGGACGCUAAAAUUGCUCAACUGGUGAACGCGGAUGAGCUCGCGGUGCGCGAAUACAGAAAGGGGCACGGCAUCCUGCCGAAUGUCAAGCGUAUCGAUACAGUGGCAGCGGAAUUCCCUGCCCAUACCAACUAUCUCUACACCACGUACAAUGCGUCUACCAACGAUGUUGCGUUUGAAGACAAGGGCACGAUGGUGCUCGGCUCCGGUGUCUAUCGCAUCGGAUCUUCUGUCGAAUUUGACUGGUGUGGUGUAUCCUGUACCCGUGCUUUGAGACGACUGGGCGAAAAGACAAUCAUGGUCAAUUACAACCCUGAAACAGUGUCCACUGAUUUUGACGAAUGUGAUCGCCUCUAUUUUGAAGAACUGAGCUUUGAGCGAGUGAUGGAUAUUGCUGAAUUGGAAGGUGCCAAAGGCGUGGUGGUGAGCGUAGGUGGACAGCUUCCUCAGAAUAUCGCGCUGAAAUUGCACGAAAAUGACAUCAACGUACUGGGCACCUCUCCUGUGAUGAUUGAUGCAGCAGAAGAUCGAUUUCAAUUUUCGAAAAAGCUGGAUGAGAUAGGCGUAGACCAGCCUGCUUGGAAAGAAUUAUCCAGUACAGAGGCUGCGUUUGCUUUCGCUGAUGAAGUAGGCUAUCCCGUCCUUGUGAGACCCUCCUAUGUUCUUUCGGGUGCGGCCAUGAACGUUGCUUACAACCGCGAAGCCUUGCGUGACAAUUUAUUGAACGCGGCGAGUGUAUCGCCUUUGCAUCCUGUCGUCAUUAGUAAAUUUAUUGAAAAUGCGCAGGAAAUUGACGUCGAUGUGGUCGCGAGCCAAGGAAGCGUAUUGGUGCAUGCGGUGUCGGAGCACGUUGAAAAUGCAGGUGUUCACUCGGGAGAUGCUAGUUUGAUAUUACCACCCCGUGAUCUAAGCACGUCGACCUUGUGCCGGUUAAAGGAGAUUGCUGAUAAAGUAGCUCGAGCAUUUGAGAUCACAGGGCCAUUCAAUAUGCAGAUCAUCAAAAAGGACAUUCCUGGCCACGCCGAGCCUGUCUUGAAGGUCAUUGAAUGUAAUUUACGUGCGUCUCGUUCGUUCCCCUUUGUUUCCAAGGUGUUGGGCGUGAAUUUUAUUGACGUUGCUACCAAGGCGUUGGCCCAAAAAGAGGUGCCAGCACCGGUGGACUUGAUGCAAAAGACGUACCACUACCAAGCCAUCAAGGUGCCUCAGUUUUCGUGGACACGUCUUCAAGGCGCUGAUCCAUUCUUGGGUGUUGAAAUGGCCUCUACGGGUGAAGUGGCUUGCUUUGGAAAAGACAAGUAUCAAGCAUUCUGGGUUGCUAUCCAGUCCACACAGAAUUUCCGUAUCCCUCAACGUGGUGCUGGCGUACUUAUUGGCGGUGACGAAGUGACGGAUAAGAAGGAUUAUAUUCACAUUGCGCAAACAUUGUCUCGUGAACUAGGACAUCCUGUCUUUGUGCCGACAGAACAAGACAAGCGCUUUUUGGAGGAGGAGGCAGAGGUUCGGGCAGAAUGCUUGCCCAUCGCAGCUUGUGCUGAAGAUAAGCGUGUCUUGAACCGUCUCUUCAAGGACAACCAUAUCGACUUUGUGAUACAUCUUGCUAAAAUCCGAGCACCUCAUCAGUUAGAUGAAGGCUACGUGUGUCGUCGUGCAGCUGUAGACUUUGGUAUUCCUUUGUUAAAUGAUUCAAAAGUAGCUGCACUAUUUGUGGAUGCGUGCGUGCGUCAUCGUGAUGAUUCGAAUACCCAUUUGGGCAUUUCUGAUGAAGUGAAGAGCUGGCGUCAUUUUGUCGCUGCAGAAAUUUAA